AUGCUGUCGCGUCUAUAUGUUCUCGCGCUGCUCGUCGCCCUCGUGGCUGCGAGUGACACCGGUUCCAUGCUCCGCAUCGACGGCAGCAUCAAUGCGACGGCGCGUAUCCAGCUCACGACCGAGCCGCCAUCAACGCUGUCGCCGAGUGACGCAAGCUUGCUUGACACGCUCAUCGCGACCUUGGUCAACGUGACCAAGACGGCGCCGCCAGCCAACGCAACGACGAUUCAAGUGCCGCACAAGACGAUCGUUGAAAACAGUGUGCUUACGCCGACGUCGCCGGCCGCUGCGACGGCAGAGUCGAGCGACGGCAUGCCGACGACGACGGCAAUGCUGGUGGGCAUCGUGAUUGGAGUCGCCGGGUGCGCUCUCAUUGCCGCGGCGUUUCUCCUGCACCGUCGCCGGCGGUCGUCGCUCGAGACCCCCAAGCCCGACGACGCGGUUGCAAGCCCGCCGCUGCCGACGUACGAGGCGCAGGAAACCUCGCGCGUCUCGGGCGUGCUGUUCUACAUGCCGGGGCGGCGGCGGUCCAGUGCCCAGACGCCCGACGUCCGCGAGUCGUCCGUGCACGCGCUGCCCACGGGCUUCCAGCGGCCAGGUCUGCGCCUCGACACGAUCGCACACGGAGAAGAGUCGGAGAGCAUGUCGACGCUCUUUGCGACAACGACGUCGGUGCGCAGCGUCAUGAGCUACUCGAACGGAUCGCCCAACUACCUCUCACCGGUCCACGGGUCGACGGGCACGGCCUGCGCGUCGACGGCGCAGUCGGCCAAUGGUUUCUUCAUCGCGCGCGACGGCGACUCGUUCACGGACGCGCGCGAGUUCCAAUCGAUCCUCACGCGGCCCACCAUGGACUCGGUGGGGUCCUCGAUGUUUACCCCCCGCGGCGCCCCGCCAGCACCCAACACGAUGGAGCCCUAG